AUGCUCAUGGCACAGGCGCUGGGCCACGAGGCGUUCUGGCACGGCGGCGUCGUGGCACACGGCAUCCAUCCCAUUACGCGACGAGAGUGUGCCAGCAGCACGCUUGAGGACAAAGAAGCCGCCCGUCUGUUUCUGGAGCAAGACCGCAGCCUCCCGACCCUGCUGCUGAACGGCCCCGCGCCAGAAAACCUGUUAAACAUGGCCAUCUAA